AUGGGCUGGAAAUUAAGGACGCGGACGGUGCCCACGAGGGCAAUAAAAACUAGGAAAACUAUACCAUUGGAUAGUUUUUUCCGCUAUGUGGACGUCUUUUACUUGUCCAUCGGCAUGGUGCCCUACGAUCUCAACUCAAAGGACUCAAGUGUCAAUCGCAAUUGGCGUAGGAUAAUAUUGCGCUCUUACUUCGUUUUCCAGAUGAUGAAUCUUAAUCUGGUGCUCCUCUCGGAGUUGAUCUACGUGUUUCUCGCUUUUGCCAGUGGCCAAAAUUUCCUUGAAGCCACCAUGAAUCUAUCCUUCAUUGGAUUUGUUGUAGUCGGUGACAUAAAGAUUCAGCAUAUCUGGGGCAAGCGCGAGCGUCUCACACAGGUUGUCCGGCGUCUGCAAGAAUUGCAUCCGGUGAGCGCGGAAGAGCAAGCGAUAUACAAGAUAGAUGAGUACCUGAGCGGCUACAAAUGCGUAAGCAUCUUCUAUUUUGGCAUGCAUCUGGUGCUUAUAUGGACCUACAAUCUAUAUUGGGCUGUCUACUAUUUGAUCUGGGAUUUCUGGCUGGGCAUACGUCGCUUUGAGCGCAUGUUGCCCUACUACUGCUGGACGCCGUGGGACUGGAAGAACAAUUGGAGCUACUAUGUUAUGUACAUCUCACAGAACCUGGGAGGCCAAGCAUGCCUGUCCGGCCAGCUAGCGGCGGACAUGUUUAUGUGCGCACUGGUCACGCUGCUAAUUAUGCACUUCAGACGCCUGGGCUCACAGAUCGAGCGGCAUGUGGCAGGUGUUUUACCUGCCAAGCAGGAUCUGGCUUUCCUGCAGGCCAGCAUCGUUUACCAUCAGCAUCUGCUCUUUCUGUGCCAGGAUAUAAACGAGAUCUUUGGCGUUUCGCUAUUUUGCAACUUUGCCAGCUCCUCGUUUAUCAUAUGCUUUGUGAUCUUUCAGAUGACCAUCGGCGGCAACAUAGAUAGUCUGGUUAUGCUGGUGCUCUUUCUCUUCUGUGCCAUGGUUCAGGUAUUUAUGAUCGGCAGCUAUGCGCAGCGCUUGAUCAAUGCGAGCGAGCAAAUUGGCGAAGCGGUUUAUAAGCAUGACUGGUUCCUGGCAGAUCUGCGCUAUCGCAAGCUAAUGCUGGUGAUCAUCCAGCGUGCCCAACGUCCCAGUUACCUAAAGGCUACCAAUUUACUCAAAGUGUCGCUGGUUACCGUGACAGAUCUGCUGCAACUGUCCUACAAGUUUUUUGCCCUGCUGCGCACCAUGUAUGUCCAGUAG